CUAUGACUAUGCAUGAUUGUGCUACCUGUUGAACUACAGCAUGCUAGCCCUUACUUACUUGUUAUGGCGGUAGCUGGAAAUCACGCGCGUGGUAGUCCUUACUAGCAUGGUCUCCGUAACAAACAAGAACAGAGGAGGACUCAUUCACAUUUAUACGAGAGACGAUCCAGGGAGGACGAGACAGUACUAAAGAUCAAAGCUGUUCCAUAUCGCACGCUCAGUAGAAUCCUGAAGCCCUUCUGAGGCUUUUUCUUCAGUUCGUUCUUUGACAUUAAGUCCGAGGUCCUGGUGUGAAUAGAGAAGAGAGCAUCUUUUGCAGGAAAAGGUCGUCUACGUUCGCGCCUCUCUUCCAAGGUCAUAGAGGGUGUGAGUGACGAUCAAAAACAAGGAUAUCAACAGCAUAUGACAGACAAGACGAGGUGCGUGAAUCUGUUCGCGUUCGACCAUAAAACAGACCGUUUUCCUUGACCAUAAAGCAAUCUGUGUUGCACCAUAAAUUCGCGUAAAGGAAAGGGAAAGGGCGGCAAAGGGAAGGAGAAGUACUUAUUUCUUCUUGUCCCCAGACGAAGAUUUUUGGGAUUGGGAUUGCGUUAUCUGGACUAAACGUAUGAUAGAAAACUCGGAACCACAGGCAGCUGCCCUUCUUCUAGGGCGAAGAUUUACAGGAACACGUAGUAGGUCGUUUAUUAAUCGAAAACUUUUAUGCUGGAUAAAAUCAAAACCAAAACGAAUUACAUUAGUGUUGCAUACGAUUGACAAUCUUCUAUCCGCCGCGCCUGCAAGUGAUUACAUUCCUAGAAGUAUUAUGGAAUCAAGAGUGCUCGUUUUGAUUAGUUGGACGGUAGGCAUUUUCCAUCUUUAGCUUCGGUCAGUAUGAUGAGAUCACGAUAGAAGGAGAAACAAUCUUCACAACGAACUAGUUUGUAACAAAUUAUAGGAGCGGCGGAAAGCCAGCGACUGGACCGAAUAUGCCGAAGGAGCGAGUACAGAUGAAGGACGAUCCCUCUCCACCUCAAAAUAUAGGAGCUCAAGGCAAAAGGACUCAAAGCAAAGGAGCCAAGCGUAAACGAGUAGCACAGA